CAUGCUGCUGCGCUCGGCCGGUCUCGGUCUCGGCAGCCUGGCGUUCUACGCCGGCAUGCUCCUCCUGGCCGCCCUGGGCGUGCGCGACGUGCUCUUCGGCGCGGAGGAGAACAGGUGCAGCAUGAGCUACAUGUUCGAGCUCCCGGAGUACCAGAAAAUCGGACUUCCAAAGAAACUGGCCAGAAGGUAUCCUGCCUAUGAGUUGUACCUUUAUGGAGAAGGCGUCUACGCAGAAGAACAUAAACUCUUCCCUUUGACAGGCAUUCCAGUGCUCUUCCUUCCUGGUAACGCUGGGAGUUAUAAGCAAGUUCGCUCUGUGGGCUCCAUUGCACUUAGAAAAGCAGAGAACAUUGAUUACAAGUACCACUUCGACUUCUUUAGUGUGAAUUUUAAUGAAGAACUGGUAGCACUGUAUGGUGGAAGUCUUCAGAAACAGACCAAAUUUGUACACGAAUGCAUCAAAAUAAUUCUCAAGCUCUAUAAGGGCCAAGAAUUUGCUCCCAAAAGUGUGGCGAUAAUUGGUCACUCUAUGGGUGGCCUUGUUGCAAGAGCACUGAUCACACUGAAGAAUUUCAAACAAGAUCUGAUAAAUCUCCUGAUCACACAAGCCACACCGCAUGUCGCCCCUGUGAUGCCAUUAGAUCAUUUCAUCACAGAUUUUUAUCUGACCGUAAACAACUAUUGGAUUCUAAAUGCUGGACAUAUCAAUUUAACCACCCUUUCUAUAGCUGGAGGAUUCCGAGAUUAUCAAGUUCGUUCAGGAUUGACUUUUCUACCAAAAUUAAGCCAUCAUACCCGUGCCUUAUCUGUUGUGAGUUCAGCAGUACCUAAGACCUGGGUCUCAACAGACCACCUUUCUAUUGUGUGGUGUAAACAGUUGCAGCUGGCUACCGUUCGAGCAUUCUUUGAUCUUAUUGAUGCAGACACUAAACAAAUAACUCAGAAUCCCAAGAAGAAACUGUCUGUUUUGAAUCACCACUUUAUAAGACACCCAGCAAAGCACUUUGAGGAAAGUCCAGUGAUCAUUUCUGAUUUAACAGGAACGUCUAGAUGGGUCCCAGUAGAAGUGUCUAAAUGGACCUACGUUGCUUACAAUGAAUCUGAUAAGAUCUACUUUACGUUUCCUCUUGCAAACCAUAGAAAAACCUACACCCAUGUGUACUGUCAGAGCACCAUGCUGGAUACAGAUAGUUGGGUUUUUGGCUGCGCCAACAGCACUUCUAUGUGCCAGCAGGGUGUUGAUUUGUCAUGGAAAACUGAACUACUGCCAACAAUUAAGUCUCUGACCUUAAGACUUCAAGACUACCCAUCUUUGUCUCAUCUUAUUGUUCAUGUGCCAUCUGUUCAUGGGAGUAAGUUCAUUGUAGAAUGUGAAUUCUUUAAAAAGGAGACAAGAUCAGUACAGCUUCCUGUGACUCAUCUCUUUUCCUUUGGAUUGUCUUCAAGAAAAGUAACACUAAAUGCAAGUGGCCUAUUCUACAAUGUGGAACUUCUGAAUUUUAGACAGAUAUAUCAAGCUUUUAAAAUCAACGUAGUAAGCAAGUGCUCAGGAGUCAAAGCUUUCACAGAAGAAGUAACUAGUAUCUAUAAACUUCAUAUUCCCUGGUCUUACGAGGAUUCACUAACUAUAGCACAGGUUCCAUCUAACACAGAAAUACCUGUGAAGCUCCAUAUUGCUCAACCAGACAGUGACAACCAGGUAGCAUCAUUAAGAAUGUACACAUCAUCAGACUGUGACUAUGAAGUGACAGUUAAGACUUCCUUUCCACAAAUACUUGGACAGGUAGUCAGGUUCCAUGGAGGAGCACUUCCUGCUUAUGUCAUAUCUAGCACCCUUCUCGCUUAUGGAGGACAGCUGCACUCUCUUUUAUCAACAGGCCACUGCUUAGAGUAUGUUACGAUGUUGGAUAAAGAGGCCAAACCUUACAAAGUUGAUCCUUUUGUAAUCAUGAUUAAGUUUCUGUUGGGAUACAAAUGGUUUAAAGAACUGUGGGAUUUGUUCUUGCUACCUGAAUUAGAUGCUAUUGUCUUGACUAGUCAAAGUAUGUGUUUCCCCCUGAUAUCCUUGAUUCUCUUUCUGUUUGGAACAUGCAUUGCCUACUGGGGUGGCCUGCUCUCUUCUGCAUCUCUGAGGUUACUGUCUUCAUUGUGGCUAGUUUUGAAAAGGACCUCUGAACUUCCACAAGAUACCAAGACAGCAUCCCUAGACUUGCCCUGUCUGACAGCUGUUUUAGUGAUAGUUACCUGGACCACGUGUGGAGCCCUUGCUAUUCUUCUUACUUACCUCUACUACGUAUUCAAGAUUGUUCAUCUGCAAGCCAGCCUAACAGCUUUUAAAAAUGACCCAACUCUGAACUCUAAGUACAGUAAAAAUGAAAAAAAAACUGCCCACCAUAAAGAUUCCAGAGGACACCGGCUCUGCUUGUCUGCCAGUGACACCGAGGACAGCCUGAACAUGCACAGCACCGUGAUGAACGUAUUCACCUGGAUCGUGGUACUGAGCACGCCGUCUCUAGUUUACUGGUUCAAGAAUCUUAGGUAUUCCUUUAAGCUUAAUCCUGAUCCGUGUAGACCGUUAGCAGUUAUCCUUAUUCCAACUAUGGUCAUUCUUGGAAAUACUCAUACUGCUUCCAUAAAAUCCAGUAAACUGUUGAGGGCUGUGUCCCACUGUCCACUUCCUCUGGCUGUGAGUGUGAUAGCGUUUGGAUCCACGCACCUGUACAGGGCGCCCUGCUUUGUCUUCAUCUCUCUUCUGCUCCACGCACUAUGCAACUUCGUGUAAGGCUGGACUCAAGAAAUGAUGAAGACGCAGUAGUAAGUGAUUCGCAGACCGUCAGCAUGGACAGCCAGAUCCUUGGGAAAGACUCAUCUAUUUUUACAAUGCAGACUAUAGGAAACUCACUUUACAGUGCUUGAGGAAAGUACAUAAAGAGUGGGUCUAUUUUAUGGUAGGACUUCUGUGUACUCGUCAUUUCUGAAGAUUAGGAAAGGAGUGUGGUGGCCACUGUCUUUGGAGACUCCUGCAGUCUCAGCGAGCCUGCUUGAUUCACCUUAGCAGGGGCCUUCUAAAUUCUCAGCAGAUACAUUGUCCUUUGUAACUUCACCUCAAACUUUCUGCUCAUUCCAUCAAACUUUUCUCUGGAAAAGUGACUUUGUAUUUGCUACUGUGUUCGUGUUGAUAAGUCUUACAAUGUUGAUCUGAUCCACAUCUGUUUGGUUCCUCAGAAUUGAAAUGGCCACUAAACACUUUGGGUCAGUUUUUGUAACUAGAGUGAGCAAAAUAGAACUUUUGUUGUCUUACAUCUAUGAAAAUAUAUAUAUUUUUAAUUCAAAGAUGCCAUUUAUUCUUGAUGACUAGUGCACGACUUUUUUUUUUUUUACUUGAGAGCUUUAUUGAGUAAUGGUUUUGCGGUGUAGUCUUUUUUCAACCACUCCCAUCACCAAAGGUCAAUGGAGUAUUACUCAGUAAUAAAAAAGAUGAUAUGUAUCCUUUGGGAUAAACUGGAUAGACUUGGAGAAGAUGAUGCUUAGUCAAGCAAGUCAGGAGGUGAAGGACAACUAUAGGAUGGUUUCACUCAUGCAGAAUGGAGAGAAUCGACAUACGAACACGGGGACAUGUUAGCCUAUAUCCCAGAGUGUGGGAGAGCUGUAGGGUUCUCUCUGCUGACCUUUGGUGACCAGUGCAAGAGGGUGGCUGAAAACACCAAGUUCAAAGCUUAAUGACAUUUUCUCGUCGCUUUUCAAACACUAGUUUUAUUUUGUAUUUUUGGUGAAUUUCAAAAGCCUAUUAAAAGAUCUAUUAAUAUAUUGUUAAACGAAAC